UAGGGCUUUUGCGGUUGAAGGGUUUAGCAUCGCUCCAUUGCUAUGGUCCUGGCCACUUCGUCGUUCUCUGGAGUUCUGUAGAUUUUCUCGUCUGUGUGUGUUCGCUCUGUGGAUUGAGUUGUCACGAUGUUGCGAAGGAACACACGUUUGCGGCGUGAGUAUCUGUAUCGCAAGAGCUUAGAAGGGAAAGAGCGCGUGCUGUAUGAGAAGAAAAGAAAAAUCAGGCAGGCUCUCGCUGAGGGGAAGCCCAUACCUACUGAGCUAAGGAACGAAGAGGCUGCUCUUCGUCAGGAAAUAGAUCUCGAAGACGACCAGACUCAGGAAUUGAAGAGCACUAUUGACGACGAAUAUAGUAAUGCUGGCAUUGAAAAUCCUAAGAUUCUUCUGACCACGUCGCGUGAUCCGAGUAGUCGGCUUAUGCAAAAUCGCCAAGUUUUAGUUGAUCUCAUAUGCUGACAAAUUCUUGAACCAGAAAGUAUUGUGAGGAUGAAGACUGUAACUAGUAGGCUCAUCAUGGGAAGCGCCACCGGUCUAUUUAGUAAUGCGCAUGGAAUAAUUUCCACACCCAACAUAAAUGAGACUCGUUGCUAUCUUCCUGUUAGGCGGAAUUCACGUCUUCGAAAGAUGCUUCAUCCGAAAGUCAUUCUAAAAUACACAAUCAAAGAUGAAAAAUGAACGCAUGCUAAUCAAAUAAAAAAACAAAUUUCUUGGUAUGUGUGUGUCACAGCCUAGAAUUCGUAGUGAAAAGGGUAAUUUAAAUAAAAGUUGAGAAAGACUGGUACAAAGCUCAUUUUUCAAA